AUGAUAGCGAACGGCAGUGGCAAGAUAGUUGCAACCCCACCGACGACGACGACGACGCACGCCGGCACUGCCGGGUUCCCCUGGGAGUCGUCGAGCCAGAGCUCGGAGUCGUGCGGCAACACGGGAACGGUCAAACGCAGGCCGACCUCGCUGGAGUCGAAGGAAAGGACGCCCUCACCGACGCACGAUGGCGCUGACAGUGACACUGGUGUUCCCGGUGAGACCAAACCAAUCGACGGACACCCGGUGCCCGGUUCCGAGCCAAUCAAAUCUAGGGCCGUUUCAACGAACCGACCGUCCAAAAUGGCCCCGGAGAGAAGGAAAACCAUAAGUGACACGAAGAUACCGUUCGCCUCCAAGUCGAAGCCAAAGCCAGCCCCGGCUACGCAGCGAAGUGGCAGUUCCGGGCCGAAGGGUGAGCCGAAAAGUUCCUCGAAUAUGAAAUCAACCGACAGGAAGCUGGCGUCACCGCCGGGGGCAUCUCCGGAAGCGUCUGGGCGGUCGCAGAAGAAGGUGUCUUUCAUUCCGAGCCUGGCGGUGGGCGGCGGUGGCGUCACCGGUACGGCCACCAGUACGCCCCCUGGUGGCAACGUGCGAACUAGCGCCGUGAAGACGAUUCUUCGGACACGGGCCGGCCAACAGCCGGCCAGUGGCAGCGGUGGCGGUGACGGUGGUGCAGUGGAGUUUAGGGAACUGUACCGGGACUAUCCGUUGCCGUUGCCACCGUACCGGGACCCACCACCAGCACCACCACCAGCCCCACCGGAGUCGAAAGAAUUGUGUGACGAUCCGCCGAUUAGUGUCGCGGUCGUGGCCGAAUCGACCAAGACCGAGGACCAAGUCGGUGGGGUCGUCCGGUCGAAGCUGAAGGGCUUCGGAUUGGGUAAGCUGAUAUCGUCGCACGCGUCGGAACGGAGAAACUCGAACAAUUACGUCACGUUGCCACCGUCACCAAAAGCGUCCAGCAAACUGAUGUCUUCCAAGGGCGGUGGUGAGUUGCCGGCGCUCCCUACGCAGGCCAUAGCAGCAGCAGCCUCCGUGGGUGCGCUGGAGAAACCGAGACACCCAUCACCGGACGACAUCCUGGCGAAGCCCGAGUUCAGCUCGUCGCUGUUCAAGAACCUGCCCGUCCGGCAGAAGAAGGGCACAGUGCCGCAUCUGGAGAACUAUUGUCUGUUCGAUCCGUCGGUGGAUUUCUUCAACGAGAAGGAACACAAGAUGCGUGCGAUACCGGAGGCGGUCGAGCUGGCCGAUCCGGUCCUGUACCAGGAUCACCUGAUCUACGACGCGGUCGAUCGGGUCUCGGACUCGGACAACUAUUUUACCAUCGAGCCGGGUUCGCAUGACAUCGAGGCGAAGAAUCGCCUUUCGCUCGAAAAAGUCGAAGAGAAGAUUGACGAAAUAUUCAACAAAACGCGCCCCACGUCGUCGUCGUCCUCGUCCAACUCGACCAGUGGCUCCAGCCCGGAUUACCCGUCGAUGUUCAACUCGGUCAUCGAGACUCCGUCGUCGAACCUGGAGUCAACGGACGAGAGCGACUACGGGUUCCGGAAUCGGCUCAUCGAGAACCUGAAGGUGCUGUCCGUGCCCAAGUCUAUCUCCGGCUCGAUACCGGAUGAGGAAGUGGAGAACGAGGAAGGCGCCGGAGAGGGAGCGGGCCGACAAUUGUCACCUUCCUCAUCCUCGGUGUACUAUGGCGUGGUACUGAAGACGCCGAUGCCGGUCCCGGCCUCCCGACUUGAGCGACUUCAUCAGCAGCAAUCACUGUCCUUGCCCAAUUCGCCCCUCCUGCAGCACCGUCUCCAGCAGCAGCAACAGCAGCAGCAGGCCCUCAAGCAGCACCGAAAAUGUGAUGAUUCAUCAUCGUCUUCCUCAACCGUAUCGCCACCUGCCGCUGCCGCCACCACAGCCACCGCCCGUCCGGAAGGGUCGGCCACGCAAGAACCCCUCACGAGCGCCAGCAUCGCCACGCAGGCUCCCGAUAGCAUCGGCCCGGCACCACCGUCACAGCACACCCCGGGGACACGGAACGCAAUCAACACGUCUUGCUCCUCCUCCCUGCUGCUGUCGAGAGUGACAAAAAUUAAGCCCGAAUCUAGCGGCACCGGAAAUGUGGCACCCGCCGGAAGUGCCGCUUCGAAGGUGGCCAAUUUUCUGCCCCUGCUCCGGAGCACGUUCGCUCUGGAUCCGCUCAAGUCAAGCUUUUCGCUGCCUCAGCUUCCUACCGGCGGUGGUGGCGGCGGUACUCGUUUGGCCAUGGGGCCCGGAAGUAGUGGCGCUACGGGAGCCAUCAGCAAGGCGUACCCGGUGGCCAGUGGUCAUCAACACCAGCAGCUUCAGCAGCAGCAGCAGCAGCAGCACCGGAAUGGGUCUCUGGAUGCGACCCCGCUGUUCAGCCGGCUGCGGAAACGGGAGCGACCGCUGUCGAACCACAGCGACGCCGACAGUGGCUUCCUUAGUCCGGCGACACCACCCGACUCGAACGGUGCCUCCAUAUUGGCAGCCGUCACCGACGAGGAACUUGCUUCAGCGUCGUCAUCGGACGCGGUCGUCCUAGAGCAGUGCGACAGCAUCCAGGAGCUGAUACAGAUCUACACCGACUGGGCCAACUACUAUCUGGAGCGGGCCAAAUCGAAACGAAAAGUGUCCGACCUGUCGGCCGACUGCCGCGAUGGGCUGCUGCUCGCCGAGGUGAUCGAAGCUGUCACCACCUUCAAAGUACCUGAUUUGGUGAAGAAACCAAAAACUCCUCAACACAUGUACGACAACGUUAACUCCUGUCUCGCGGUUCUGAGACAGCAUCAGGUCGGAGGCUUAGAAUCGGUAACUUCGAACGACAUCUUUAGUGGGAGGCUGAAAGCGGUUCUUUCGCUCUUCUUUGCUUUGAGUCGGUACAAACAAGCAACGAAGCAGAAAUCCUCGCUGCAACUCCUUCACCAGCCCCCACCGCAACUGCAUCAACAGCAACAACAGCAACAACAGCAGCAACAACAAACAAAGGUUGAGAUUCAUGCGGCUCCGACGGAAAUGACGAACCGACAACUUCCGGUUCCGUACGCCAAGCCGGGCGUAAAUGGCGGCACGGCCAUCCCACUGCCGGCGACGGUGCUGGUCACCCGACGAUGUCCGCCGGAUAAGGUCCGGCCACUGCCACCGACACCGAACCAACAGACCGGACUGCACGGUGGCUUACAGAAGCAUACCCUCGGUGGUGGUUGCGGCGUUGGCGGUGCCAUGGUCGGAGUCGUCUCGAACAGCACCCCAUCCGACGGUGGCAGCUGCCCGGGGAGUCCCCAGCACAACGGUACCGCGAUAAUCACCCAGAUCCCGAAGGGAAACAAUAGUCUGCGACUGCCCCAGGCGGCAAACUGCAAGAUCCCGGCGAGCCCGUACUCGGCGUCGGCGGCGUCGACGAUGCAGCAUAACAAUCACCAUAAUAAUAACAACAACAACAACAUCACCCUGAUCCCGAACGGGAACGUGACGAACAUUCCGACGAACCCGGGCCACCAGCAGCAACAGCAGCAGAAGCACUCGAUGCUGGACAAGUUCAAGCUGUUCAACAGCAAGGAGAAGCAGGACCGAGCCGCCCAAAAGUCCCAGAUCUCGAAGCGGACCAGCUCGAGCAGUGGGUUUUCGUCGGCCCGGAGCGAACGGAGUGACUCGAGCCUCAGCCUGGACAAUGGCCACCAGCAGACGAUGACGCCGACACCGGCCGGCAAGCUGGGGAAGGAGACCGCCUGUCCGAAGAAGCCCGCAGACCCAAAGUCCGCGGCCAUGACGGCGUCAACCGGGAAGUCCUCGUCGAAGCUCGUUUCGUCGUCCAAAUCGAGCGCGAAGGAAUCGGCGAAGGCGGCUGCGAAGGCCGAGAAGCUGCGUGGGGUUAAGGAGCAACCGCCCGGUCACCACCAGGAGUCGGCGACGGCCCAGCCCCACGUUCCGCUCGCGCCCCAGAAGGCGCAGAAAAUUCCGAUGGCGACAACCGUGACGACGACCUCGAUGGCGGCGGCGGCGGCUGCGGCUGCGGCUUCGGCGGCAGCACCGUCGGGGGGCUGCGUCGUGGCGUCGUCGAAGGCGCAAGACGCGUCCUCCAGGCUGAAACUAGCCACCGUGGGCAGUGGCAGAAAAGUGGACACCAAAUCCGAAAGUAAAACGAGUUUGCUGCUGCAGCACCAGCAACUGGGUUCGCCGAUGAUGAUGUCGCCGUCGCACUUGCAGUCGCCCAAAACCAUGCUGCAGCCGCAGCAGCAGCAGCAGCCUCAGCAGCAGCCUCAGCAGCAGCUGCAGUCAGCAGUUAACACCGGCAUUCCGAAGCCGAUGGCCGCGAUCAAGGGAACCAGCAAGCCGUCGCACCUGCUGAGCCCGUGCGCGGCGGCAAAGGAAGAAGCCGUCGUGGUGGCCGUGGCGAAGCUGGCGGAGUCGGGCAAGACGGGCAACAACAACAACCCCAACGGUGGCGGCAACGGCAGCAUGUCCGACAGUAUGCACUCGAACUCGACGCAGGGCGCAUCGAUGGGCCAACACUCGAACUCGAGCGACACGUCGAGCGUGGUCGCGUACCGGCCCAGCUCGGACUCCGGCUCGGAGCAGCUGAUCCACUCGCCCCAGAAGCCUCUCGGUCCGGCCAGUGGAGGACCCAACCUGCCUCUCUAUGGCGGAGGCCAACCGGACGUCAACCUGAACAGCAACCUGAACGGCGGCGGCGGCGGAGGCUUCCACGGCGGCAACGGCAACAACCAUAUCAACAACAACAACCACACGACCAGCACCAACAACAACAAUAACAACCUCAACCUCAGCAAGUUCCACACCGUCCCGGCCAAGAUCCUCAACACUGCCAGCGGCGGCGGGAUGGUGUCUUCGACGGCGGCCCCGCCGAUGCCUCCAGGACCUGGAACCGGCGCGCCCAACGGGACGACGAUCUACGAGCAGGACGAAAAGCAGAUCACGGUGCUCCCGAUGCGGCCACUGCUGCGUGGCUACAACAGCCACGUCACACUGCCCACGCGCGGUACCCGCGGACAUCACCCGCACCAGCCGCACCACCACCACCAGUUCCUGGGGACGGCGGCCGACUACGGGUGUGAAGAUUUCGGUGGCCAGGGUGGCGGUUACUGCAGUGACGGUGACGCGCUUCGCAAGAUCCCGGCCCGCUACUCGGACAAUAUCGACAACGGCUACCUGUCGGAGGGGGGUGGUGGCGGUGGGAUCCUGACCAGCGGCGGUCGCCAGCACGCGGCCUCGUACAUCAGUGCGCUGCGGGCGCGUACCCAGCUCCCGACGACCAUCGAAGAGCGAUGUCGUAGCAGCCGGGGCGAUCAUCUGGACAGUGUGGGAACGAACCCACCUGCAAUGGAGCACUCGCACGUCAACGGUGGCAAGAGCAGCGCCCGUCACAGCGCCGGAAGCACGAUCGGGCCGAACGGGCGCGAAUACUGGGGCAAGCUUCCGGAGCCGUCACACCACGGCAACGGGGGCAGCCAGCACAGCUCGCAGCCGCCGUCCCCGACCGGUACGCGCAAGGAUAAGAGCGGCUCGAGCCCGAGCCAGUCGCGCCGCAGUACGCCAUCCUCCAAGGGUACGUCGUCGGACCGCCGCACGAAAGCCGCCGGUGUCCCGCAGAGCUUUGGCUACAUAAAGCGCACCAACGGCUCCAGCAUGCCAGGAGUGAUGGACCUGACCCAGCAGCAGCAGCAGCAGCAAGGACAGAACCUGCUCGCCGGCGGUCGCACGGCGCACGUGUCGGCCGUGCCGCGGUCCGGAAAGCUGAAAGUUUCCGGUGGCACCCAGACAACGACGGCCGAUUUUCAAGCUAAAGUCCAGCAGCAGCAGCAGCAGCACCCGCAGUACCGGAGCUUCUCGCUCACCGGCCCCGGAGCGGCGCAGCUCAGCCAGUCGGUGAAAGAAAGGUUUGGUUCCGGAACGCACAGUUUGCCCAAGCCGGGCCUAGAUAUGCAUGUCUUCCAACAUAGAAUGUCGAAUCGCGCCUCCGCCAAGCUCACCGACGGUAGCCUUUCCGAUACGCAAACGUACGCGGAGGUGAAGCCCGACUACGGCUCCUACGCCAUGUGGCUGAAGCACUCGAACACGGCCAGCAGCCGCCUGUCGGAGGGCGACACGCUGGACGCCAUUGCGCUGGGCACGGCACCGGGGGCCGCCGUGGCCGCCGUGACCGGAUCGCCGGGACCGGCGACCCGGCCCCACAAGCUGCUGCACCACGCACGUGGCGAGACCCAGCAACCCCAUCACCACCACCACCACACCACCGGUGGCGCCACUGCCAACAGUCCCCGUCUCAAUCGAAGCAAUAGCAUCAGCUAUCUGAAAGAGAGGACCUACCCCAGAUCGACCAAGUCGGAGAAAAUGUAUCCCUCGAUGCUGAGCCGCGGCCCGGACGUGGAGAUCGAACCGUACUACUGUCUUCCGGUCGGCACGCUGGUCCACUCCGGCAACGGGAUGUCCGUGCCGUGGAGUCAGCCGACCUCACCGACACCGCCGACCCGCGGUUUCGCUGGAUUGCUAUCGCCAACGCACACCAGUGCCGCCGUCACUCGGUUGACCUAUCCGAAGAAGAACGACGAAGUGCACGGAAGUCAGGCAUCGCUACUGUCCGGCGGAUCGUCCCUUUACGGAUCAACGGAGGAACGGCAGGCCACCGAGGUGCGGAGGCUGAAACGCGAACUAACCGACGCCCGGGACCAGGUCAUGAGUCUCUCCAGCCAGCUGUCAACUAACGCUCAUGUGGUGGCAGCGUUCGAGCAGAGUCUAUCCAACAUGACCCAUCGGCUGCAGUCACUGACGGCAACUACGGAGAAGAAGGAUGGCGAAAUAUUGGAGAUGCGCCAGACGAUAGAACUGUUGCGGAAGCAAUCGAUCCAGGCCGGAUUAACUACCGCCCAUAUGCAGAGUAUGGGCGUACAAGUUAACGGACAGGUCAACGGAGCGAUGGUCGCAACGGAUCAGACGAAAACAUCGACGAUCAACAAGAGCGGCGCCAGCAGUGGUGUCGGUGGUUCGCCGGCUGCUGCUGCACCACCGUCGUCGUCAUCGUCGUCGGCGGGCCCGGCAGGAGCGGAAAUGCAGCGGCACCAUAGCUCCGACUCGAUGUGCUCGCUGAACUCGGUCAGUUCCGGCUGCUCGGCGCAGGACAAGAGCAAGCAGAAGAAGAAGGGCUGGCUGCGCAGCUCGUUUACCAAAGCCUUUUCGCGCAACGCAAAGAUUUCCAAAACCAAUCGCCACGUGGUGGCCGGCACCGCCGGCACGGUAGCUGCGGCCGGCGGUGGAGGAGCGGCCCCGCCCGAUGGUAACCACCAUCACCAUCAUCACCAUCAUCACCACCAUCACGGUGGGCCGUUGAUUGAGAAUGGGUCGCCGGCCAUGAAGCCACCGCUCAAUGGCGGUGGUGUCGGUGGCGGACUGAAGCAAGGGCAUGGCAUAAUUCCACCGCCUCCGAGUGCCGGACUGCCACCGCUUUCGCCCACCAAGGGCAGUCCGCAGAAAACGCUGUCCAUCGUUGACAAUGCCAAACCCGUCGAUGCGGUCGAACAGAACGGCAACCCCAUGGUGGAAGAUCUCAAGAAGCAGCUGCGGGAGAAGGACCUCGUCCUGACCGACAUUCGGCUCGAAGCGCUCAGCUCGGCGUCGCAGCUAGAAAACCUUAAGGACACGGUCAUGAAGAUGCGCCAGGAGAUGAUGAACCUCAAGCAGAACAACGAGCGGCUGCAGCGGCUAGUGACGACCCGAUCGCUGGCCGGCAGUGAAGUGUCGCUCGGUCCGGUCAGCCCGAGCGGGUCGAUCGGCGAACCUCGGCGCUACAGCCUGGCAGCCGAUUCCGGCAUGGGUCGAGCACCGCUAGAGCUCCCGCAAAACUUGGACGAAACGGAAGAGGACAAUAUUCCGCCGGCACCGGCACCGGAACCUCCACCGGCACCGCUCAGUCCGGCGAUCAUCGCCGAACUGUCGCCCACGAUCGAGCGGGCGGCGCUGGUGAACGAAAUCCUGACGACCCCGGCCGAAGACGUGGCCGAUCCGGUUGACGGCAAGAAGAUCUCGAUCGCGGUCUACCUGGGACAGCCGGAUUCGUUCCCGAAGUACGCGGAGGAGAUGAAUGAAUGUGAUAACUUUUACCACUCGUCGCCGGACGACGAUGAGGACGGUAAGCUGGAGCCGGGUGGUAAGGCCGGUCGGUCCUCGUUCUCCGUUGGCACCGACCUGGAGGCGAACGAGUCCAUCAUCGCGUACACGUACAUUUCGGGCAAGACGACCUGGCAGAACCUGGACUACAUCGUGCGGAAAACGUUCAAGGACUACCUGUCGCGCAUCGAUCCGGGCACGAACCUGGGGCUCAACACGGACUCCAUCACCUCGUACCACCUCGGGGAGGCAAAGCGUGGCCCGGAGAUGGGCUUCCCGGAGCUGCUGCCUUGUGGCUACAUCAUCGGCAACGUGAAGACCCUAUACAUCUGCCUGCAAGGUGUCGGCAGCCUGGCGUUCGACAGUCUGAUCCUGCGAAACAUCGUCCAUCGGUACAUUUCGCUGCUGACCGAGCACCGGCGGCUGAUUCUGUGUGGCCCGAGUGGCACCGGAAAGUCGUACCUGGCUCGCAAAUUGGCCGAAUUCCUGGUGGCCCGUGCCGGGCGCGGUAAUCCGAUCGAAGCGAUCGCCACCUUCAAUGUCGAUCAUAAGUCCUCGAAGGAGUUGCAGCAAUACCUUGGCCACAUAGCCGAGCAAGCGUCGAUGGCGAACGGUGUCGCCGAAGAUCUGCCGGCGGUGAUCAUUCUCGACAAUCUGCACCACGCGUCGGCGCUUGGCGAUGUGUUUUCUUGCCUUCUGAGUGCCACGGCCUCCAAGCUGCCCUGCAUCAUCGGCACCAUGUCGCAGGCAACGUGCAACACCACCAACCUGCAGCUUCAUCACAACUUCCGAUGGGUUCUGACGGCGAACCAUAUGGAACCGGUGAAGGGUUUCUUGGGGCGCUUUCUACGCCGCAAGCUUUUCACGGUCGAGCUGCACAAUCAACAACAGCAACCGCAGCUCGAGAAGGUGCUCAAGUGGCUGCCGACCGUCUGGCAGCACAUCAAUAGCUUCCUCGAGACGCACAGCUCGAGCGACGUCACGAUCGGACCCCGGUUGUUCCUGUCCUGUCCGAUGAAUUUGCCCGAUUCGCAGGUUUGGUUCACGGACGUGUGGAACUACCAUCUGGCACCGUACCUGAUGGACGCGGUCCGGGAAGGCGUCCAGCUGUACGGGCGGCGGGGCGGUGCGUGGGUCGAUCCGUGUACGUACAUCCGCGAGACCUACCCAUGGCCGAUCGGCCCGACGACGGUCCCGCAGCUGCGCCAGAUCACGGCCGAUGACGUGGGCCUCGAGGCGAGCGCUCCGGCGAACUCGGAAAACCAGGACCCGUUGCUCAACAUGCUGAUGCGGUUGCAGGAGGCGGCCAACUACAACGGAGGCAACACCGAGCAGGAUUCGGAUUGUGCCAGUUUGGACUCGAACAUGACGCACGACAGCUCGGCUGGUGCGGAGUAGGCUGAAUGUGGCGUCGGGACUGCCAGUAGAAACGGGUCCCCGAAAAGUCCCCGUAAGUGGACGUUUCGCGGAAGUGUGAAAGGAAUUUUAAAGCUGGCCAAUUAUUGUUUACCAAGUACACCGGAAGGAUAGAAGUUGCCUGUUGUUGUGAUGUGGUUCACCGAUGUGUGGAAAGUGUAGGCCACCAGGAGGACGCCGGCCAAGCAAAGUAGAGACCAUUAAUUAAUUGCCAUCGAAGCCGCGGGUGCGGUGUUUGACAAUUAUGGUGCCGCCAAACGGUGUGCGUACGUGUCGUCGGGUCGAUCGACAUUAUUAAGGCUCAUUAACGCGAGUGCAACCAUUAAAAGUAAUUAACCGGCGUACGAAGAGCAUGACAAAAAAGUGGGAACCAACAAAACGUCGGACGACAGGGUUCGCCACGCCGCUCCCCGUGCUUUUCGUGAUAUCAAUUUCACACGUGAAAAGCUACCGGGUACCGGGGAACCCUGGACGGAUUUGUUUAUAGCCGCACGAAAGGAAAACAGGCGAACCGAACCUCGAAAAUAAGCAUGAGUUAAAAUGAAACGAAAAAUGUAAUCAAAGGAAGAGAGGCGCGCAACGAAAAGAAAAGUCCUCUGUGCGGUCGUUGCUAGCGCGCGCCCUCUAGUGUUCGGUUCUGAAAACGCUCAAUUGAAGCGCGCGCGCUGUGCUGCGUGUUGCAUACCCGCUAGGCGUAUCGAUUGAAUGUCUCUCGCUGGGCUGGCCGUUUUUGAUGUUCAAAUGGGCGGAAAAAUGGAUCGUUUUUCGAUUCACCCAGAACCGUGCAGAGAAGUGGUAUAAUGCAAAUGAUCGAAAAAAAGGCCACGGGAUGGACGAUAGAACAGUAGUAACAUUACACAAAACCACACCAACCAAAAUGCGUUCAACGGAAACAAUAAUCAAAUUGUGAGCAUGGCAGAUAGAGAGAGCGAGCGACUGGGAGACAUGUGUGCAUUAACAUAUGCAAACCCAUUCAUUUAGAGAAACAAACAGUAAUGAUAUCGACGGUGGGGCAGCUGAUACAUCGCCCCCUCAGUAUAUUGAAGGGGUUUACUCUUUCCGCGCGCGCGCUGUUUUUCGCGGUGAGCUUUUGAUGUGCGUAUUUUUUGUAAUCGUACCGAGACCGAGGGAAGGCGAGCGAGAUUCCCCGGUUGGAAGAGAACGGGCGAAAGCUGUCAAGCUUCCACUUGUAAAUAGUAACACGCAUUCGUAUCGGUAUCCUGUAACGAUAAGCUACUCUUAAAACACACAAACACACACACCUAAACUCUCACGUUUCACCAGCUGCAGUAUGAUGGUACAGUAACGGUAAAAGUUAUCAUAAUCAAUCGCGCGUACAUUUCGUAUCCUAUAUAGCUAGUUAGCGUAUGAAAUUUAGGGCUUUAAACUACGUCCGCCAACAAGGUGUGUCACCCGCUCUACUAACCACUCUAUCGACCACUAUCGUGACGACUUUCUAUUGACUUCGUAUGUUAACAAAAAGAAACUGUUCGAUUGUUUGUCGCUUCUAAAGCUUUAAUGAGUUCUGUUCCAGCUACACCGCGACCCUUUAAUGUAUCCCCAGUCCUGUCUCAAUGGUGCCCGCUGUGGCCCGGUCCAUGUGUUGUGUAAAAUAGUGUAGAAUAAUUUUCACGCUUUGUACUGUUCCCGUUUCUUCGUCCUAUUUUUAAUAGUUUUUCAUUGUGCUGUAAAGUAUUGCCCGUUCCGCCGUUUGUAUUCUCCCCAUCAGCCAUCAAUCGAUCCGCAAACUCAUGGAACUCGUGAUAAAACAAACAUAACCUUUAAUCGAUAUACAUUUAUAUAUAUAUAUAUAUCGGACCAUGGAACCAAUCGUUGUUGGCAACAACACAAUAAUCGUGUGAUUAGCGGCCCAUUAGCGGCUUAUCGUCUGCCAGCCAUUCGGGUGCAGUCGAGCGGAAUUAAACCGCUUCAUGCACACAUGAGUGGAGCGCACGGCACGGCAACCAAUCGCGCCAAAGCUCACACGCAUCAUAAACAUUCAGGCCCCCCCCCGCAACAUACAAUAAAAUGAGGGAAAAAAUCGAAAGCGCAACAUUGAAUACUACAAACGCACGCGGCAGAUAGCAAGAGAGUAAUGUAAUGAAAAGUGAAACAUCAAAACCAGAGCAAAACAAAUAACAUUCAAAAGUGAUACUAGUUGACGGGAAGGGAGAAGAACUUAGCGGACAAAACAAGAGUAACCAUACAUACCGAUCCCGGGGAGAAAAACGCGCAGAAUGGAAAGAAGUUUAUUGAAAACGUGACGU